AUGGUGCAUCCGCGCGGCACGCCGAGCACGGGCCGGCACCGCAUCGAGAUGGCCCUCAGGGUGGACAAGAACAGACGCCAGGUCACCUUCUCCAAGCGCCGCUCCGGGCUCUUCAAGAAGUGCUCCGAGCUCGCCCUCCUCUGCGGCGCCGACCUCGCCGUCAUCGUCUUCUCCGAGGCCGGCAACGUGUUCGCCCUCGGCAGCCCCUCCGUCGACGCCGUCCUGCGCCGCUACGUGCCCCUCCCCGCCGGCGCCCCUGUCCCUGCUGCCGCUCCCGCCACUGGUGUCGAUGAGGAUGACGACCGUGAGGCGCUGGAGAAGAUGUGCCAGGCGAAAGAGGCGACCGCGAAGCAGUUAGCGUCAGAGAUCAAGCGGAUGAACUUGAUCGGGCACAAGGUGAUCGAAGCGCAGGGUAAGAGGAGGUUCUGGUGGGAGGCGGACGUCAAUGCGCUCGGGGUGACGGAGCUGCCGGCGUUCGCCAGGUCGCUCGAGCGACUCAGGGACAACCUGCGCCGCCACGCCGACAAGCUGCCCUCCAGCCUGCCGCCCGCCGCCACGGCAGUCGUCGCUUACGCCGGGGAUGAGGCUUCUAAGUUCUAAUUAUUUUGCUUGAUGUGCUUGCUGAUGAGAUCUCUUGCUUAUUCUAUGCCGUCAGUGUUAACUUCGUUCUGCUAGUGCUUGUGGUGUUUCGAUUCACCGCUUCAAUUUGUGCAUUGAUACUAUCUACAGUAUGUUAGAACAAGUUUUAUCAUUUUUUUAGAGAGAGGAUUGAGUUUAUCUUGUUCGUAGUAAUUGGGAAGAGUUGAUCUGCUACAGUGCUACUGCU